UCUUUUUUAAUUAGUUGAAAAAAAAAACAAUGGGAGUAUUUCGCCCGCUUCAGUAGUCUGCCGUCGUUUGCUCGUCAGUCCUCACUCUCCCCAAUCAACGAAGAAAUCGCCGGCGAUUAAUUUCAUUGAACAUACCAACAGAAAACCUCAACUUUCCGUAGGUUUGGUGGAACGGUGGUGUUCGGAGAGAUUGUGAGGGAUAAUAUGGGCGGAGGGAGAAAGAAUUUGAAGAGGGAAGUGGAAGAUGACGGCUUAACUCUCCAAUUAGGUCAAAGUAUUAUGCAAGUCGUGUCGCUUCGAGGUUCUAAUCUUAUUGAGGUUACAGAUGCUGAAGGUGAGAAGUCCUUGGCUCUUUUUCCGGCUAAAUUUCAGAAGAGUAUGUGGAUAAAAAGAGGGAGUUUUGUCGUAGUAGAUGACAGCGCUAAGGUGGAGGCUCUUGAGUCUGGUAGUAAGGUGGGAUGUAUCGUAUCCCAGGUUCUCUUUCAUGAUAAAGUUAGACGUCUGCAAAAAAGUUCUGACUGGCCAGAAGCAUUCAGGUCAAAAAACAUUGACAGUUCCAGUAGAAAUUCCCCAGGACCUGCUUCUGAACAUGAGGAAGCUGAAGAAACAGGCUCAAGCGAUGAUGAUGGACUUCCACCGCUUGAAACAAACACGAACAGGAGAAGACCGUAUGAAUUGAACGCUGGUUCGGCGUCAAAUUCUGAUGCAGAUACAGACACUGACGAAGAAUCUUAGACAAACAAUUUUCUGGUGAACAGAUAUUAAUCUUUAUAUUUUACUGAAAUUGUACACAGAAUUCUGUUAAACUCAAUUCCCUGAUAGUGUUACUGUUGAGAUGAAUUUAUUCAGUUAUUCAGGUAGUUCAUGUUAAACUGAAAGUGUAAAGUAGAUUCAUGAAAGUUCCAAAAUGAAGUUCCAGUUAAGUGCUA